AUGCUAAGGACUUUCUCUAGUUUUGCUUAUGGCACAGUAUCUAAGUCUUUACUCAAGUCGAUACCUUGCAGAAAUAUCAAUACUCAAUCUCUUUGUAGAUAUUUCAGCAAGCAGACUAUCAAAGUCCCUUCAAUGGGAGAGUCAAUCACAGAAGGCGCUGUUCAAUCCUGGGUCAAAAAAGUUGGAGAAUAUGUGAAUAUGGACGAAAUCGUUGUGGUAAUAGAAAGUGAUAAAUUAAGCCAAGAAAUCAGAUCUCCUGUUGCUGGAGAAAUCGUAGAACAGCUUGCUAAAGAAGGAGAUGAUAUCCCUGUCGGGGCUGAUUUAUUUAUUGUGGACACAGACAAAGCUAAAUCUGAAAGUGCAGCAAAAGCUGAGGCACCAAAAGAGCAGCCAAAGGAGCAGCCAAAAGAACAGCCAAAAGAGCAGCCAAAAGAAGCCCCUGACUCGCCUUAACAAUUAAAUUUAAUUUUAUAUUUAAAAUUGUUACAAGAAAUUGAAUUUAAUUAAAAAUUAAUUAUUAAUAAUUAGCGAAAUAAGGCAGCUCCGAAAGAAGAAGCAAAAUCACAGCCAAAAGAACAGCCUAAAGUAGAGAAAAAGCCAGAAACCGCAGCCAAAAUAAAAGUUGAGGCUCCUAAGGUAACUGGUGAAAGGACUGAAACCAGAGAAAGAAUGAGCAAGAUGAGGAAAAAAAUUGCUGAAAGGCUUAAAGGUGCCCAAAACACCUAUGCUAUGUUAAGCACUUUUCAAGAAUGUGAUAUGAGCCGUGCAAUGGAACUGAGAAAUAUAUAUAAAGACGAUUUUCUAAAGAAGCAUGGAGUUAAGCUUGGAUUUAUGUCGUUCUUCGUAAAAGCUGCCACCCAUGCUUUACUUCAUAAUCCUGUAGCAAAUGCUGUUAUUGAUGGAGAUGAAAUCGUAUAUAAAAAUUAUGUAGAUAUUUCUUUAAUUAAUUAUUUCUUAUAAUUACCUUAGGGGAAGGGCUAUUUAAAUAUUAUAAUUACCUUAGACAAUUUGGCUUUUUAUUCUUUGGUUAAGCUAACUUUUUAUCAGAUAUUUCAGUUGCAGUUUCUACUCCAAAUGGCCUUGUGGUCCCUGUUCUAAGAAAUUGUGAACAUAGAUCAUUUGCUGAUAUUGAAAAAGAAAUUGGGCGCUUCGCUAAUCUUGCAAGAGACAAUAAGCUAGCUUUAGAAGAUAUGCAAGGUGGAAGCUUUACGAUUUCUAAUGGUGGCAUCUACGGGUCUAUGCUGGGAACUCCCAUAAUAAAUCCUCCACAGACCUCAAUUUUGGGAAUGCAUAGUAUUGAAAAUAGAGCUGUCGUCAAAGGAGACCAAAUUGUGGCAAGGCCAAUAAUGUAUCUUGCACUUACUUAUGAUCAUAGACUGCUUGAUGGAAAAGAUGCGGUCCUCUUUUUAAGAGCAAUUAAAAUGGCUGUAGAAGAGCCUACUAGAAUUCUUUUGGAUCUUUAA